AUGCCCCCAAAUCAACCCCUCCAUUCCGCCCUGCCCCGUACCGCAGCAGGAAAAAUCAACCAGCUACGUUCCCCGCACAAGCACCCGUUCCGCACCACCAGCCAACUACCGCAACCGGACCAAGAACCAAAAUUGUCACAACACCCCGACGCUAAUUUCUCAGAGUUUCUACUGUCAGGGCUUAAACACGGCUUCAACCCCGGUGUCGAAAGCCUCCCAUCCGAGAGCACCACCUGCGCAAACCUCCAGUCCGCCCUCGCCGAACCAGAAAUAGUCGACAAUUUAAUCAAGAGCGAAACCGACGCAAAUUUCAUGAUAGGUCCAUUCCACAAACCCCCUUUCAGCGUUUUCCGCAUCAGCCCCAUUGGCAUAGCAACCAGAAAAUUUUCCGGUAAAAAACGUCUAAUUAUCGACCUCUCAUCACCACAUAAUUCCACAAUCCCAAGCAUAAACAGCAUCAUACCACUCGAAGAAUUCUCCCUCCACUACCACGACAUCGAACAAGCAAUAACCCUGAUCAAAAAAGCAGGGCGCAGCGCAUGGCUAGCCAAAGUCGACAUCACCUCCACUUUUAAAAUAAUGCCGAUUCACCCAGAUUUCUGGCACCUAUUCGGAAUUCGUUGGAACCAAAAGUUCUAUUUUUCCGUCCACCUGACCUUCGGAUGCCGAAGCAGCCCAAAAAUUUUCGACAUGUUGUCAGAAGCAAUCUGUUGGAUUCUGUCCAACAACUACGCAAUUCCAUACAUCAUUCACCUACUAGACGAUUUUCUAAUAAUCUCCCCUCACAACUCCAUCCCAGCCGCCCACCUCUCGAUAGUCCAAAAGCUUUUUGCUAAACUCGGGAUCCCGCUCGCACAAGAAAAAAACGCAGGUCCAAGCACAUCCAUAGAGUUUCUAGGAAUCAAUUUAGAUUCGGAAAAAUUUCAAGCUUCCCUACCUAAAGAGAAAAUCGACAGGAUCAUUCUGGUCGCCACCUCUCUCAUAGAUAACCCCAACUGCUCCAAACGCGAACUGCUUUCCAUCCUCGGCCACCUUAACUUCGCCGUACGCAUCAUCCCGCAAGGUCGCCCUUUCAUCUCCCACCUCCUCUCACUCGCGUCUUCCGUUCCCGCACUCGAGGACCAGUUAUCCCUUACCAACGCAUGCCGCAACGAACUGAGUCUGUGGAUAACUUUCCUGAAACAAUGGAACGGUCUCUCCUUUUUCUACAACGAUAUGAUUUUAAACCCAGAAGACAUCCAAUUGUUUACCGACGCAGCCCCAUCCGUCGGUUUCGGAGGGUAUUACCAAGGGCGCUGGUUCGCAUCCACAUGGCCUCCCCAACUACAAAAUCUCCCCCAGUCUUCCUCGUCCUCGGCGCUGUUCGAGCUCUACCCAUUAGUCAUCUCAGCCUUUUUGUGGGGGAAAGAAUGGUCAACCAGCAGUAUUUCAGUUUACUGCGACAACGAAGCAGCCGUGCAUUGCAUCAACAAAGGCCGUUCACACUCCCUCACACUAACGCCUUUGAUAAGAAGACUAACUUGGAUAUCAGCUUGCGACCAAUUCAUAAUAACCGCAAAACACAUCCCCGGGUCAAAAAACCAAAUAGCAGAUUCACUCUCCCGCUUCGCUUUCAAGAAAUUCAGGCAGCUGGCACCGGAAGCGGACCUACACCCCACCCCAGUACCUCCCUAUUCGGAACUCAUAGUCCCUUAG